AUGCUAGGGUUGUCUCCCAAACAACUAGAGCGUUUCAAUCUAAUAGAACCCAAAGAGACCGAAGUUUUACGUGAUCUAGAAAUUGCUCUGCGCCUGACCGACGAUCAGGUGGCGGCAGCGGCAGCCGCAGCUGCGGCGGCGGCUGCUGCAGCAUCGGCAGAUCAGAGCGGCACUACCGGCGGCGGUAGCAGUAAUUCGGACAGCACCUCGGUGGUCGGUGGGUGCGGCAGUUUGAGCAGCAGUAGCGGCGUCACCUCCGGCGGGCCUCCGGGCACGGCAACAACGACGACCGGGACUAUGGCGGGGUCUUCCUGCGGCGGUGUGGAGAACAAUAAUAGCAGCAGUAGUGAUAGUGGCGUGGCGCUGAUGCACUCGCUCAUCGAUGGCGAUGCGACGGCCCAGCCAAUCUGUAAACAACCGUUAGAAUCGGGCAAUGUAAAUAAUAGUCAUAGUACCAAUAGUAAUGCUACCAAUAGCCAGCUACACAACAAUAACAACAAUAACAGCAGCAGCAUAAGUGGGGCCGCCAACAGCAACAGCAGCAGCACCAGUAACAGCUGUAGCAAAGAAACGACCCAUCAUAUGAUGUCGGGCACGUGCGGGCCAGGGGCGCUGGUUGGUCUCGGAGGGGUCAGUGGAGGCGGAAGUGGCAGCAGUACCGGAAGUGUCGGAGUGAUCGGCUGUGGUGUAGGAAUUAGCACAGGGGGAGGAGGCGCGGGCGGCGGAGGAUCAUCGGCCGCUGCUCAGCAAUCAUCCAACACUCAGACAACGGCAUAG